ACCAAACGAGUUAAGCAAACCAAAUAACGUCCUCCAUUACUUCACCAUUAAGAAGCUGUCCAACAAAAUUAAUUAUUAUUUCUUCCUUUUUAAAAACAGGAUCCAUGCCUCUCUCUCUUCCCUUUUCACUCUCCACUCUCAACUUGCAUUACCAGUAAAGAUGGAGCAAAAACCGGCUCAGGAUCUCUCAACUCACUGGGGCCGUUUGGGUUUCAUGAAGAGAAGUGACUCCGAGUUGGCUCUGGAAGAGUUCCUCACCAAGGCCCUCGCCGGUGUUGACUCAGCCGCCGACAACUCAAGGGUACCCGACUCCGAUUUCGACCCUCUUCAUUUCCCCCAUGUUUCUUCCCCUGAUCUCGCUUUCUCUUUCAAGGAUCGGGAAAUAGUAAUGAACGCAUUUUCAAGUUGUGGUGGACUAGUGACAGAAAGCCUGCUAUGGUCUCAAAAUCUCCCGGCGGACACAAUUAAUUCCCAGUCUUCUGUUUGUGUUGGAAGUCCAUUUUCGGGUAAUAAUAAUAACAACGAUAAUAAUAGUAAUAAAGUCAAAGUCAGAGGAGCUGCCAGUCCUGGCUCUGAUUCCUCGCAGGAGCGACCAUCGGAUGAUGAGGAGGCAGAGAUAGAAACGGGUCCUUGCGAAGAGAGCACCGACCCUAAUGUCCUAAAACGACUUCGAAGGAUGUAUUCAAACCGGGAAUCUGCUAGGAAAUCAAGAAGAAGAAAACAAGCACAUUUGGCUGAUCUCGAGAUCCAGGCUGAACAGCUGAAAGGAGAAAAUGCAACUCUGUAUAAGCAGCUGGGAGAUGCAAAUCAACAAUUUCGUGAUGCUGAUAUAAACAAUCGAGUGCUUAAAUCUAAUGUAGAAGCUUUGAGAGCAAAGGUAAAGUUGGCCGAAGACAUGGUUGCCCGGGGUUACUUGAGCUGUGGCUUGAAUCUUCUUCAAAAUCAUUUAAGUUCAAAUCAAAUGGCGAUGAAUAUAAGACAUAAUAAUAAUAAUAAUAUUAAUAAUGCAAAUGUAUCACCCACCGUUGCAAUUCCUGCAGAUCAUCGCCAUCAUGCUCAUUCCUCGUAUCCUCGAAUUCAUAGUAAUAAUAAUAAUAAUAAUAAUAAUAAUUCAGCGGUGGAGAAUGGAAUUGCUGCUGCAAGUGAUGCUCUCAGCUGCGUAUCAGGCAUUUGGCCUAAUUAGUUAGUAAUUAAUGUAUCCAAUUAUGUAUUUUUUUUUUUUUUUUAUAAACAAAUUUAAUUUCUCUAAUUGUGUGAACAUUCAUCAUAUCUCCUUGCAAAUUGUACUAGUAAGAAAAUAUAG